GGGGAAAGACCUGGAUGAAUUAACAGACUCAGCAGCAGCUGCUGCUGCAAUUCAAGGAGAGACACUGCCAUUCCCUCCACUUGUCUCACACCCACUCCUCUGAAGAGAGGGACGGACAGACGCAUGGACGGACAGGGAGAAGGGCAAGAGGGAGCUGCCAGGGGUGCUGCCUAAGGAGCCAGAAGCCACCGAGGAGAGGAGAAGGACACCUGCUGGGCUGAAGAACAUGGGGACGCCCAGGAAGAGGGGAGAUACUUGUCUGCAUCGCAUCUGCUUUGGGGAUCUCCUUGAGCCGGAGCCAUGCAGCUGGAGCCCUGUUGCUGGCUGCUGGGUGGGAGACUGGGAGUGAAAGAAACUAGCAGCUGAUUCCCCAGGACUCCAGCCCCCUCCCUUUCCUCCUGGAAUCUGCUCCUCCCCCCUUCCCCUGACAUCCCAGUCCCACAGGCUUCUCCCAGACUGCAGAAAUCACAGCCUCAGAAAGGGCUAGUUUCCAAUCUUAGUUUUUCCUGAUUGUCCCAGGCACAAGCCACCCAAGGAGUCUAUAUCAUUGGGCUGAAGUUGAGGCCUCCAAGAUUUUGACCAUCCAUGCGAAGAACCUAUUAUCUGGAUUUCAAAUGCCGUUCCUCUGCUCGGGCACUAGAGACCUAUAUGACUCCAGGAAAAGGGCCCGUGGCUCCUGCUGAAUCGGAGCUGGAUUUGCUUUGCAACUAAAAUAGACCUUUGGUUUCAGUGGGGUUAAAUUCCUUGGCUUGGCCCCAUCUCAGCUUCAACAAGACAGGAAUUCACUCCCUGCAGACAAACACAUGAAAUGGAAGGAGAACGUUGUUUUCAUGGGCUCAAGCCAUUGUCCCAAGGGUGCUGAUGAACUGGAAGAAAAAAUCCCUGAUUUUAGUUGCUUUCCUCCCAUUUUUGAUCACUUGAAGGACCAACAGAAGGGGUAGACUGAUGGAUACAGCUACGUUUCUUUUUGCUUUCCACUUCAUACCCUUUAAAGGGUGAUGAAUAGGUACUAAAGCGUUGUCCGAGGAGUCGGGACCUGUCAUUCCUGGCCCACCCUUCACGGCGCAUGGUGUGCUAGUGACAGUGGCCUUGGCACGUGAUAGACAAUGGCUCUAAGGCCUGGCCUUCCCCUGCAUCCAGCAUGUAGCCACUUUCGUGCAUGAGUCACUCCCACUCCUUGUUCUGCCUCCAUGUGACAUGUUGCUCGUGACCAGCUAAAAUGAGCACAGGCUGCACUUGGCUGUGGGGAGAGGGGCACGUGUCCCGCCACUCCUCUGCCAUGCUCCUGACCCCUUUCCUGAUUGCCAUGGCAAUGGCAGUCUCUGAGGUCAGCACCAGCUGCCCUGUCCUCUGCACCUGCCGCAGCCACAUUGUGGAUUGCAGCGGGCAGCGGCUUUUCUCAGUGCCCCCCGACCUGCCCCUAGACACCAGGAACCUGAGCCUGGCACAUAACCGCAUCACCACCAUCCCACCAGGCUACCUCACCUGCUAUGGGGAGCUGAGGGUGUUGGACCUAAGGAAUAACUCCCUGGCCGAGCUGCCCGCCGGGCUCUUCCUGACUGCCAAGCGGCUGGCCCACCUGGAUCUGAGCUACAACAACUUCAGCCACGUGGCCGCUAAUAUGUUCCAAGAGGCCAACAGCCUGGUGAGGAUCGACCUGAGCCACAACCCGUGUCUACGAAAGGUGCACCCCCAGGCUUUCCGGGGGCUAGCCCAGCUACGUGACCUGGAUCUCAGCCAUGGGGGGCUGUCCUUCCUCAGCCUGGAAGCCCUGGAGGGUCUCCCGGGGCUGGUGACCCUACAGAUCGGUGGCAACCCCUGGGUGUGUGGCUGCACCAUGGAGCCACUCCUGAAGUGGCUGAGGAAUCGUAUCCAGCGCUGCACCUCAGAUUCCCAGCUGGCUGAGUGCCGGGCCCCACCCGAGGUGGAGGGAGCCCCCUUGUUCUCACUGACAGAGGAGAGUUUUAAGGCCUGCCACUUGACCUUGACGUUGGACGAUUAUCUCUUCAUUGCCUUCGUGGGCUUCGUGGUCUCUAUUGCCUCCGUGGCCACCAAUUUCCUGCUGGGCAUCACUGCCAACUGCUGUCACCGCUGGAGCAAGGCCAGCGAGGAUGAGGAGAUAUAGGUGCAUGGUCCUGGCCACAGUGCCCUUCCCCCAACGGCUGGCGAGAUGCCGUUGAGAACUGGGGCUGGCUGGCUGUGCUCCACCACGAUUCAUGCCCGGUGCUGUCAAAAGCUGCUCCAUCCUCUAUCCGCAGCUGCAGCCGGCUGGGGAUACUAACUUAUCUCUGCUUCCAGUCCCUUCUGAUCCCCCAGCUGCUGUGCCCAGCAGGGCAAGGCCUGUGAGACAAGGAGAUCUAGCCGUGCCUUGUACUAGCCCCUUCACACAGCUGGCAGCAUUGGAGACAGCCAACGAGCCAAGACCCAACAACGCUCGCAACACAGAUGGGCUGCCACAACCCACGUCGGUCGCCAGUUCUCCUCUUCAGCAUGUCCUGCACACUCAUACGCAAUAUCCAACUCCAUACAUGCACCCCUUCUGUGCCAGCUCUUGCACCACAUCUGCCUACAAACCUAAAAUGAGGAGUUGGGCGGGGGAAGGGAAUAUAUAUGGCAGACGUCAAGUUGAUUUCCAACAGCCGUAACUCUCCAGAGUUGGACAGCUACAGCCCAUCAGUUCUGUUUGUGGCUGUGGGGACUGUGGCCAUGGACACUGUGGUAUCCAGGGUUGUAGUACUACUAAGAGUCCUGAGACAUGGCAUCUCUGAGGGCCAGAGAGGCAGGUUUAACUCUGAGGAACAGCCCCACCUUGAGACGUACCAUUGUAUGGUUGGAGGAGAUGCCAGAGCAAGAGUCUGCUGUUUUCUAAUUGAUCCUUGGCUAGAUGGCCAUUGGUGUUGAUGGAGAUAUGCCUCUGAACAGUUCUCUAGAUGCAGAGUCGAGAAGUCAAUAGGUCAGGGACACUCUAGAGUUUGAACUUGGUCUCAUAGACCCAUAGACUCCAGGACUGGAAGGGACCUCGAGAGGUCAUCGAGUCCAGUCCCCUGCCCUCAUGGCAGGACCAA